AUGUCUGGUUUAUCUCAGUACACAGAAUUACUGUCGCUGCUCGCGCUCGGUUGCUGCUGCGUCGCAGCAGUCCUAUCAGAGAGCCCCGAAUCGAACGAGCAAGCACUACGGGCCCGUGCAUCGGCGCAGCUCGAACGCCUCGCUCCAUAUCGAAGAACACCCCGCGAACAAUUGCCAACCGAGGAACAGUGGCAAUUACUCGAAAACGCAGCCAGGGAUCCUGGUAUCGAGCAGAUCAGCGAGCAACAAGCGUUCGAGAUCUAUCGAAUCCUCCCGGAGCAUCUGCAGAGAGACGUGGCGAACAAAGUCGGUGGAAAUCGGGCGAUGAUCGAGCUACUCGCGAAUCCGAACUACAUGGCGAUGAUGCAAGACAGGAUAAAGAGAUCGGGAUCGAAACGCGAGGCGUACAAUCAGGACGGUUACGAGUCUCCGCCUGAAGGAUAUCCGCCGGAGGAACCGUACGGUGGAUACGCUCCUGAGCCGUACGGCGAACACUACGGCGGCGGGUAUCCGCAGAAUUCCGGCUCCGAUUCCGGCGGAAUCAUCAAAGGAUCGAGCAGUCUGAUCGGCGGUAUCGCCAAAGGUAUAAUCGGAGGGCUGGUGAGCGCUUCAGGCAGCGCGUCGAAAGGAUCCUCCUCGAUUUCAGCUUCUAGCUCGCAGUCGAGCGCUCAAUCGAGCGCCACUUCUAGCGGCGAACAGAAAAAGCCGGAAUACGGACACGGUUAUUCGUACGGCGAUAAGGCGUUCGACGUAUGGGACUUCAAAAAGGCGAUCAUUAGCACGUUAAUGCAAGCCAUAAAAGCCAUAAGUGGCGGUGUGAUUGCUUUGAAAGGUCAGCUACUGAAGGGAAGCGGUUACCUUGUCUCGACGAAAGGGAAGAUUAUGACGAAGACCGGCGAUGCGAUCACGUCGUUGGGUCGAAAUAUCGCUAAAAGUGCCGCGUAUCCUCAACAUCAUCAUCAACCGCCUCAUUCUGGAUAUUCGUACGAGCAUCCUCCGGAAGGUCACGAAGAAAGUUACGACGGACCGCCGCCCAGUAUCGAAGAAUACGGCGAGCCGAACGAGGAGUAUCAUGGAAGUUCGAAUUACGAGUCACCCUCGGAUGUCGAUGAUCAAGCGGGCCUCCUGAUUGUGAAACCGACGAAACCGGACGAUCACGACCAUCACGCAGUGGACUUGGACGCCGAAAAGCCUCCUCUGACGCAACUGGAACACAAUUACCACGGACCAUCGCCUCAUCUGCCCCACAAAGAAGUGGAGAACACAGUAGUAGCGAACGAAUAUCAGAAUUAUAAUCAAGGUGAUCACGCCAUAGAAUCGAGUCAUCCACCCGAUCGUCCACCGUCCAGCUACGAUGUUCCAGUUCAGCAGUACUCGUUGAACGAUUACAAAGGACACCAGUAUCCAACGUAUCCUCCUCUGGCUUCCGGUUCGCCGUUGAAUCUUCACGCACCGUUCUCCAUUCAACAGAGCGUCGAAUAUCCGCCGUUGCACGUUCAAUACGCCCUUCCAAAUAAGGGAAAUUUCGAUUUGCCACACUCCGACACGUCCAGCAACGAUCUAUCCGUGUAUUCGAGUUUAUCGAUCGGCAUAGAUCCCGAGAUAGAGUCGAUCAAAAUUUCAACGCUGAAACCAGGCGGUGGUAUCGAGACGACAAAGUUGCAACAGCACGCUAAUAUCCAUAAUAACGUGCCUCUGCUUCCGAAUUCGUACGCUUCGCUGCAAGAACCACUGAAGAUACCACUGCUAACUCCAUACAAAAAUUGGCCGAAUCAGGGGCUACUUCAGCCGUUAACUACUUUCGAUAUGCAUGGCUUGUAUCGGAGGAGAAGUAGCGCGCAGAGAAGAAGGUCCAUCAGCCAGGUCGCGCAACGCAUGAGACUGCAUCGAGGGUAG